GUGUGCUGAGGGAGAAUGUGAGUUAUUUGUCGAAGCGAGCGCUAAAAGGUAGCCAUUAAUACUUAACCUUUCUAUCAAAUCAUAUAUUGUGCCGCAGUUGAAGUGUUUAAUUUGAAAAGAACUUGGUCAAAGUUAAUUUUUAUUGGUUGAGAAAAAAGAAUUUGCAAUGAGUUACCAAGUGGAGGCAUUGAAUUCUGCACAUCUUGAAUUGCAAGGAGGUGGUGGUGGCGCCGAACUCCGUCGACCAUUUGAUCCAACUGCUCAUGAUCUGGAACCAUCUUUUCGAUUGACUAGGUUUGCUGAUUUGAAGGGUCGUGGUUGUAAAGUGCCACAAGAAGUUCUUGGUAAACUUGUUUCGGCAUUGCAGCAAGAUUAUUCUAAUGCCUCGGAUCAAGAUGCUCAGUUUAUGAAUAUGGCUAUACCACGCAUUGGCAUCGGUUUGGAUUGCUCUGUUAUUCCACUUCGUCACGGUGGUUUAUGUUUAGUUCAGACAACAGACUUCUUUUAUCCUAUUGUUGAUGAUCCCUAUAUGAUGGGAAAGAUAGCAUGUGCCAACGUUUUAAGUGACUUGUAUGCAAUGGGUGUCACAGAUUGCGAUAAUAUGCUGAUGUUGCUAGCUGUAAGCACAAAAAUGACGGAAAAAGAGCGCGAUGUAGUCGUUCCACUAAUAAUGCGCGGUUUUAAAGAUUCAGCUCUCGAAGCUGGAACCACUGUUACUGGUGGACAAAGUGUGGUGAAUCCUUGGUGCACCAUUGGCGGAGUGGCUUCGACCAUAUGUCAACCAAAUGAGUAUAUAGUUCCAGAUAAUGCAGUCGUAGGCGAUGUGUUGGUGCUUACCAAACCUCUCGGAACUCAAGUUGCUGUGAAUGCUCACCAGUGGUUAGAUCAACCAGAACGGUGGAAUCGCAUUAAACUUGUAGUUUCCGAAGAAGAUGUCCGCAAAGCAUACCAUCGAGCAAUGAGUUCAAUGGCUCGAUUGAAUCGAACAGCAGCUCGUCUAAUGCACAAAUACAACGCUCAUGGAUCAACCGAUAUCACCGGCUUUGGUUUAUUAGGACACGCACAAACUCUUGCUUCACAUCAGAAAAAAGAUGUAUCAUUUGUUAUACAUAACCUUCCCGUAAUUGCUAAAAUGGCUGCAGUUGCAAAGGCAUGUGGAAAUAUGUUUCAAUUAUUACAAGGACAUUCAGCAGAAACUUCUGGAGGUCUUCUUAUCUGUUUGCCAAGAGAACAAGCUGCUGCUUACUGCAAAGAUAUAGAGAAGCAGGAGGGAUACCAGGCUUGGAUUAUUGGUAUUGUUGAAAAGGGAAACAAAACCGCUCGUAUUAUCGAUAAGCCCCGAGUAAUUGAAGUGCCAGCAAAAGAUUAAUUUUAUACAUUACUAUUAAGUAUUCACAAUUUAAAAAUGAUUUAUAGACAUUAGAAAUGUUGCUUAGUUCGCAAUAGUUGUUUAACGAUUUGGUUUUUUACACAGCAUUAUAUUAAAAAAAUAUACCUAAUGAUGUAUAUAUAAGUUCGCACUCUAUAUUUAAUAGUAUUUCGUAAGGCUUACUAUGUAAUUGAUACGACAUAUUUUAAAGAAUAAAGAAAAUGAGUAAUGAUUGUACAAUUAAAAUAA